AGUGCGUUUGUAAACGUUUAAGAAAGUGUAAAAUUUCGCGCGUGAAAAAUUGUACAAAACAUUACUAAUAUAAAUUAUUAUUAAUUUGUGUGUUUAAAUAAAAAUCUGUCAAUAUGUCGUAUAUGCUACCACAUUUACACAAUGGGUGGCAAGUAGAUCAGGCCAUCCUAUCUGAGGAAGAUCGCGUAGUAGUUAUUCGUUUUGGCCACGAUUGGGACCCCGCUUGCAUGAAAAUGGACGAAGUCAUGUACAGCAUAGCAGAGAAAGUGAAAAAUUUUGCUGUAAUUUACUUGGUCGACAUCACUGAGGUGCCCGACUUUAAUAAGAUGUAUGAAUUGUACGACCCGUGCACCGUUAUGUUUUUCUUCCGCAAUAAACAUAUCAUGAUUGAUUUGGGCACUGGUAAUAACAACAAAAUCAAUUGGCCACUUGAAGAUAAACAGGAAAUGAUCGAUAUUGUGGAGACAGUGUAUCGUGGUGCACGCAAAGGUCGUGGUCUAGUCGUAUCGCCAAAAGACUAUUCUACAAAAUAUAGAUAUUAAAUUUAUUAAUAUAAUUAAGCCGCCCAUCAUCGCAUUUAUACAACUCAUCUCAUCUAUCAACUAACUAGUUUUAUUUAAUUAAAAAAAUGUCAAAAAGGAAAAAAAA